GCGCUCAUCAGGACGUCGGCCGGUGUCAGGAAUAAUGCAUGAUCUCGCCAAAGACUUGCUGCAAGGCCGAAAGAUCGGGGUCUGCCGGGUUUGCAGUUUACACGCAUGUGCGGCUCGCCAGCUCGCUGUGCAUUGCGCCGAACCAGACCCCUCCUGCAUCGAGCCAGCGAAACAAGCUCCAAUUUGGUUGCAUACAUGGGCCGAGAAAAAUUGUUGCCAUGUUGUGUAGUGAACGUAGAAGACACGCUGUGCUCAUCACUCAUUUCGCGACGGUAUUUUGUGAUUGGAGCAAUCGAAGAUGGCAGCACUACUGCAAGGCAAAGUUGCGGCUAUUACAGGAGCCGUGACGGGCAUAGGCAGAGCCAUUGCGUUGGACUAUUUGAGACAUGGAGCUAGUGUUGCUGUGAAUUAUUAUCCAGACGACAAGUCGGCCAGCCAAUUCGAGGCAUUGUCAAAAGAAGUUGGCGAAAACGCAAGACUUAUCGGAGUGCCCGGGGACAUCACCAAACCGGAGACAGGCCAGGAGCUGGUCAAGAAGACUGUUGAGAAGUUCGGAAAGCUAGAUGUCUUCGUGAGCAAUGCAGGAGUUUGCCAGUUUGCCGACUUUCUCACCAUGUCGCCCGACCUGGUCAACCACACCAUACAAACAAACCUCAACGGUGCAUUCUUUGCAGUGCAGGCCGCGGCGCGGCAGAUGUCGACGCAAGAGCCACGUGGUGGCAGUAUCAUCGGCGUGUCGUCAAUAUCUGCAUUGGUGGGUGGUGCAGGACAGACACAUUAUACCCCCACCAAAGCUGGCGUUUUAUCCUUGAUGCAGAGUACAGCAUGUGCAUUGGGGAAAUAUGGCAUCAGAUGCAAUGCUCUAUUGCCGGGCACGAUCCGGACACAACUCAACGAUGAGGAUUUGGCAAGCGAAGAGAAGCGACAGUACAUGGAGGGUCGCAUACCGCUAGGCAGGCUGGGACAGCCGAAAGACCUGGCCGGACCAGCUGUGUUCCUGGCCAGUGAUCUGAGUGAGUACGUUUCUGGGGCGCAACUUCUUGUUGACGGAGGCCUCUUUGUCAAUCUGCAGUAAAAAGAUUGCUUCAAUCGAAACCAUCAAAGUCUGCGCCUUGAUCGUUCGGUUCAGCCGAUGCCGCGUCUCGUCGUCGACGACUGCCCAGGAUUGCACCACGUCGUUUGUUCUCUUGUCGUCGUACAAAGCCAGCUUUGGUGCUGAUCUUGGCUUUGCGAGCUGCUCGCGGAUCCUUGUUCAUGCCUCGGGCAGUUCUCGUUUCCACCCCGUGCUUCUUCAGAUCCUGCUUCGCUU